GUUUCAGCUUCACCUUUAUUAAACCGCAGCCUCUGCCCCUUCUUGUUUCUACAUCAUCCAGUAACCACCAGCAGGUAGAUAAAAUAUGGAAGAAAAACGACGUUCCCAUUCCCAAAAUAAGGCAAAUAUCUCCCCAAACACAAGUCAAACCUCUGAAGCUGGUGGAGAAGUGAGCAGCACUGAGUGGGAGUUCAUAGAGAUGAGCGAGCAAGAGGAGGAUCUCAUUCGCAGGAUGUACGACCUAGUUGGAGAUAGGUGGAAUUUGAUAGCAGGUCGCAUUCCAGGUCGUAAAGCAGAAGAAAUAGAGAGAUUCUGGAUUAUGAGACACACUGAUGCUUUUUCUGCCAAAAGAAAGAAGUGAACAUAAAGCAAAUUAAAUUAAGACUCUUUAUUUUGUUUGUUCAAUUAUAUCUCUCUCCUAGGCAUAAUUAUUCUAGCAUAUAAAGAAUUAUUUGUAUUGCUUCUCGUUGAAGGUUUGACACUUCCAUUCCAUGUCUCAAGCAAGCUUUAUAUGAAAGGAGAUUUUGUAUUUUGCAUAGUUUAAGUUAAUUUAAUUAAUUAGUUUGACUGUUUGAUUUUCCUUUA